GUUAAAAAGAGAGAGGAAAGGGGAAAUGAGUUGGAAAUGACGGCGUUCUGGUUAUAAAUGAGGCUGCUAAACCUUCCUCCUUUCUCUUCAUGUGUCAUUUGGUUUCAGCUGAUGAGUUGUCCUGCGCUACGGUGUUGCUAUGGUGAUGUCAGUCAGAAUGGCUCUUCUUCUUCCUCUCAUCUUUUCUCUCAUGAUCCACAGGGUUUCUAGUGCUGGUUGGGCUGUGAAUUACAGUCCUUCACACAUCUGUGCACUAAAGGACUCAUCAGUGAUAAUGAACUGCACUUAUACAUACCCUACUGGAUAUCAGAUCAUGAAAGUGUUCUGGACCAAAAAACUUUUUAAAGGUAAAAAGAAAGAUUCAAGUGAAGAAGAAGAGGAACAUGAAGUGUUUCCAGAUCUGUCUAAGGACCCUGAAUACAGUCACAGGCUUCAGUAUCUGGGAGAUAAACAGAAGAACUGCACCAUCAGACUGAGUCAUGUGACACAGAAAGAUUCACACAAGUACUAUUUCAGAUUCAUCACUGAUAAACAUAGCAAGAAACAGACUGGUGCUUCAGGAGUGACUCUUACUGUCACAGAUCUUCAGGUGGAGGCUCCUGAGAGAGUGACAGAGGGAGAUUCAGUGCGUCUGACAUGUAAAAGCAGCUGCGCUCUGACUGACAGAGCAACAUUCAUCUGGUACAGAAACUCACAGCCAUUAACUGAGAGAAGAGACAGAAACAAUCAACUCCUGCUGCAGUCAGUCAGAAGAGAGGAUGCAGGCAGAUACAGCUGUGCUCUACACGGACACACUUACAUCUCUCCUGCUGUUUAUCUCAGUGUCAUGUAUCCUCCAAAGAACACCUCAGUGUCCAUCAGUCCAUCUGGUGAAAUAGUGGAAGGAGAUUCAGUGACUCUGAGCUGCAGCAGUGAUUCAAACCCACCUGCAGAAAUCAGCUGGUUUAAAGAAGGAACGUUUCUAGGAUCUGGAAGAAUCUACAACAUCUCAAAGAUCAGUUCUGAUUACAGUGGAGAAUACAAGUGCAAGUCCAGAAAUAAACAUGGAGAGAAAGACUCUGAUGCUGUGAUGCUGAGUGUGAUGUAUGCUCCAAGAAAUGUAGUGGUGUCCAUAACUGGAUCUGGUGAAAUAGUGGAGGGAGAUUCAGUGACUCUGAGCUGCAGCAGUGAUUCAAACCCACCUGCAGAAAUCAGCUGGUUUAAAGAAGGAACGUUUCUAGGAUCUGGAAGAAUCUACAGCAUCUCAAAGAUCAGUUCUGAUUACAGUGGAGAAUACAAGUGCAAGUCCAGAAAUAAACAUGGAGAGAAAGACUCUGAUGCUGCGACUUUAAACGUCAUGUACUCUCCAAAGAAUGUCUCAGUGUCCAUCAGUCCAUCUGGUGAAAAAGAAUAUUCAGUGACUCUGAGCUGCAGCAGUGACUCAAACCCUCCUGCAGAAAUCAGCUGGUUUAAGGAGAAUCAAAGCUCAGCUGUUGGAUCUGGACAGAGUUUCAGUGCACUACAGAGUGGACGCUUCUACUGUGAGGCUCACAAUCAACAUGGAUCUCAGAGAUCAGACGCUGUUACUGUCUUUGAUUAUGCUGUUUCACAGAUUCGAUGCGAUGGUGGGUAA